AUGGCUCUUAAAUGUGCAAAAUGUAAUCGGACAGUCAAUACACGUACUGAGAACCAUGUUACUUGUCAUAGGGACUGUAAGGGUAGUUUUCAUUUAGUAUGUGCUGGUAUCUCUGAAGAGACUUACGACGGCUUAGUUGAGUCGGGAAAUGUUGAAUCAUGGACGUGUACCGCCUGUUCUUCAAAAUUUUUGGAGGCUAAAGCAGCUGUUAAUAAAAACCCCUCUGUUUCUUCGCUGAAUACCUAUAUUUCGACUGAUCAGUUAAAAAAUAUGAUGAAUAAUAUAGUAAAGGAACAUGUAGAUAACAUUUCGCAGCUAUUUAUCGAGCAUAUUGGUGCUUUAACUCUUAGAGUUACUGAACUUGAGUCAAAAAUUAGCGAUUUAACCAGUGAAAACAUUAUUCUUAAGUCAGAAUUUGAGAAACUUAAUUUAACGUUGAAGAGCGGUAAAAAUUCUGAUAUACAAAUAUCUAAGGGGGUAAAUAAGGAUGAAUUAAAUGCCAAAUUAUCGUAUGCCGAGUCCUUGGUAAAAAAGUCUCAGAAAACUGUAAUUGUGCAGCCUAAAGAUAAAACUCAGUCGGUUUCAAAGACUAAAUCAGAUGUAUUAAACGCGAUAGAUCCUCUUAAUUCUUCUUUAGAUAUUAUUGGGAGAGUAAAACCACUCAAGGAUGGGGGACUGCUGCUUGGGUGUGAAAAUACUAAAUCGUUCAAACAAAUUGCUAAAGAUGAUAUUGAUGAGGAGAACUUCUUGUUAUACCUUAAAAAACAAAAUGAGUCUAUUUUUGAUGUUAAUUCGAGUGUUAGUUUGUUAAAACUGAGCUGUACAAAAAGAAAUAAUACUGUAUAUCAAGCCUUAAUUGAAGUCGAUUUGUACACAUAUAAAAGAGCAUUGGGCGUGGGUCACUGUCUUAUUGGUCUCGAUGAGGACAAAGAGAACAAAGAGGACAAAGAGGACAAAAAGAACAAAAAAGAUAAAAAGGAUAAAAAGGAUAAGGAGGGUAAAGAGGAUAAAAAGGAUAAAGAGAAUAAAAAGGAUAAAGAGGAUAAAGAGGAUAAAGGGGAUAAAGAGGAUAAAGAGGAUAAAGAGGAUAAAAAAGAUAAAAAGGAUAAAAAGGACAAAAAGAACAAAAAGAACAAAAAGGACAAAAAGAACAAAAAGGAUAAAAAGGAUAAAAUGGAUAAAGAGGAUAAAGAGGAUAAAGAGGAUAAAGAGAAUAAAAAGGAUAAAAAGGAUAAAAAGGACAAAAAGGACAAAAAGGACAAAAAGGACAAAAAGAACAAAAAGGACAAAAAGGACAAAAAGGAUAAAAAGGAUAAAAUGGAUAAAGAGGCUAAAGGGGAAAAAAAGGAAAGGAGAAUAAAAACAAUAAAGACGAUAAAGAGGAUAAAGAGGAUAAAAAGGGAAAGAGGAUAA